UAUUGCCAACCAAAUCAUCGAGUUGUUCUAGUUGGAGGAGAGAUGCCAGAGUGGUUGCUGCCCAAUAAAGAGGGUUAUAUUUCUUUCGUGGCUUCAAAGGACUUAUAUGAAAAGAUCCUAGGAGUAGCUUUUUGUGUUGUAUUUGAAGUGUUGCAUAGGUCAUGUGAGAGUACUAAAUUUGAGGUUAUAGGAUCUGUUAAUUGCAAAAGCGCAAUACACAGCAGAGAGUUCAAGUUCUUUGAUUUGGAUAAUCUGUGGCUGGAGUAUAUGGAAUUAAAGGAUUUGUGGAUAGUAGAACAUUUUGGUCCAAAUGACCGGACUCAUUUCCGCAUUAGCAUUAGAGUAUGCAAUUAUCACGAACUACUUGUGAAGAAGUGUGGAUUCCGACUAAUAUGCAAGCCACUAGAGAAUGAUUUAGAGGUUUUGCUUCAUGACAAUCAGUUGCUAGAUCCAGAUUUAUUCUACGAGGUUUCGCAUGAAGAUAAUCCAAUGAGCACAAAGGAAAAAAGAUUGAACAUGAUUGAUUCGUCAAUCGAGAGGCAUCGCUAUUCCAGCCUUUGGUCUUAUCAUAAAAAUGUUAGCCCCGGAAGAGAGAUGCCAAAGGGGUUCAUCCGUGUUGAAGAUGGUAUUAUAUCUUUCAAGGCUUCACAAGACUUGUACAACAAGUUCGUAGGAUUUUUCUCUGUGUUGUCUUUGAUGUAGAAGAUGGAGAAAAGGAAGUAUCUUUCGACAUCGUAUCACGUGUCAACGGCCAAAGGCGGAAUGAGCAAUCAGGAACUCUCGGUUCAUUUGAUACGGAUCACGUGUGGUUUCAAAUUUUCAAAACAAAUGCAUU